UGUAUGCCUCCAGAUAGGCUGCAGUAUGCAGAGCUCAAGGAGAGUUUCAGCAAAAUGGAAAGCUUUCCUGUUGGAACCACGGUGUCGUAUGUCUGCCGGCCAGGGUAUAUAGGAAUCCCCGGAAAAUCAUUAACUCGUACAUGUGGUGAAGACUUACAGUGGUCACUCACAGAGCAGUUCUGUACAGAGAGAAAAUGUAGCCAUCCAGGAGAAUUAGAACAUGGUUUUGUUAACGUGGCAGAUCUUACAUUCGGUUCAAAAGCUACUUUUUCUUGUGAAGGAGGAUUCAGAUUACGUGGAACUGAUGAAAUUUCCUGCGUAAUUAAGAAUAAAGGUGUUGACUGGAAUAGAGAUCUUCCUUUCUGUGAAAGAAUUCCUUGUGAACCACCUCCACGCAUAGCCAACGGGCACUACACUGAAGCAGCUAGCUAUGUUUAUCAAACAGCAGUGACCUAUACGUGUGAUCGUGUACCAAAAGGCGCGGAUCCCUUCUCGCUGAUUGGCCCAGAUACUAUUUUCUGCACAUAUGAUGCACAGUCAAAUGGAGUUUGGAGUGAAUCACCUCCACAAUGUAGAGUGGUCAAAUGUGAUAACCCAAAAAUUGAAAAUGGAAAAAAAAAAACUGGAUUUGGACCUUCCUAUAACUAUAAGGACUCAGUCGUGUUUGAGUGUGAUCCAGGCUAUUCCAUGAUCGGACCGGAGAUAAUUACUUGUGGAGAAGAUAACACCUGGUCUCCAAAACCAACUUGUGAAAAAAUUACUGAAGAUGUAUGUGGUGCCCCAAAGAUCGCACACGGAGGAGUGAUUCCAGUGAAAUCUGUAUAUGAAGGAGGAGAGUCUGUUCAGAUAAAGUGCGAUGCUCACUGUACUUUUCCUGAUGGUGCUGAAGAGGUGACAGUAACUUGUCAAGGACAGAAUACAUGGAGUUCUUUACAAAACUGUACAUGUGGGCCUAAAAGUUCCGGUUUCACUCCAGACAUAAAUUAUGGUAGAGUAAUUGAUGGACAAAAACCUUCAUAUUCUGUCGGGGAUUUUAUUACGAUUGAAUGUUAUGCAGGCUACACGUUACAUGGUGACGCUCGUAUUCAGUAUAUUGGAGAAAACCGAUGGAGUCCUGCAGUGCCAACUUGCCAGUUAAGUGCGUAUAUUACGGCCAUCAUCUGUGUGAUUGUGGCAAUUGUGGUGUUCCUGGCAGCCUUCUGGGUCUAUAAGAAAUUCUUUUCACAAAAUGGCUCGUAUACAGUUGAUGAGAGUUGCAAGGAAGCAUGUAUUUUAAAAACUAAUGUACCAGCUGAGAUGGAAGAAACUGCACAAAUGAAUUAAUUGAAUCUUAAAAAGGAAACGUGACAGCACUCCGUGUACUGCCGAAUAUAAGAUCUGUAAAGCAUGAAUGACCUUUUUUGGGGGUGGGAGGGAGUUUGCAGUUGAAUAUACCUGUCAGAAAUGGAAAAUGAUUGCACUUGCAUUGAGUUUCUGUAGAUGAAUAUCUUGUACUAUGUCUUAUACUACUGAUUAACUGUAGUAGGAGAUCAUUAAUAGGGUAAAAAGAAUAUAUAUCUAUAUAUCUGCUUUUCCUUAUGGGCCACUCAUUGUCUUUUCUGUGUAUGUGAAAUGGUCUUAAAGGCACAUACCUGUAGCAUGCAAGGAGUGUCUGUGUCGGCGGGAGUACUGGAUGUAUCGCUGUCGUAGUACCAGCUGCUGCUGCCUGCUGCCUUCGGUGCUACCUAUUUUCUUACAGAAGACUAUCCAAUAUUAGUUCUGCUCACUAAAGUCCAGAUGUGCUUCUCGUUCAUUUUUGCGGUUGAGGCAGUAUAAAUGAUUAUGUUGUCUCUUGUAUUCUGAAAUGUUUUAUUAUUAAUUUCCUUAAGAGAUUGGUGCCACUUAAGGCUAUGUCUUCUUGAAACUAUCACAGUUUAGAUCUUAUAUACACUACCUCUUUGUUUGUCGAAGUUGGUUUCUGUAUAUCUAAUUAAUUAAAAUGUGCCUUUAAAUCAGAGUUUUAUAGCUUUUCCAUUGCCUUUAAGAAGGAAAAAAGCCAUAUAUAUUCCUGGCUCUUUAAUACAGUCCCAGAAAGACUACAGUGGAUUUCUUAGAAUGGAAAACUGAAGGUUUCUAUAGCAAAGGUACCCCCUGCCUUUGAAUUCGUUGGCCUAGUGACAGAAGGUACCUAAUUAAAGGAACUGCUGAGGAAUCGGUGGUAGCCAUCUCCUAUCAGGAGCACAGUACGAGUUCCUUAGGACCUUUGAUUUUUCUUGAGCCUUGAUGUCAGUUUCGGAGAUAAUUUUGUUGCUGUUCAGGAUAGAAGGGGUGCUGUAUGGAUCUAGCUUCCUUUUUUUUUUUUUUUUACUUGAAAUCAUAUAUUCCACAUACAGCAUUUCAAAUCUCUGUAUACAGACUAUGAUGCUAAAUCUAGCUCUAAUGCUAGACUUAGCAUCAGUAUCUGUUGAGAAACAGAAGCCUUUCCCUGUCUGACUCCCUUCUCUUUUCAUGUUAAAGGAAGACCAAACCAGCUUAGUUGUGGGAGUGAAGGAAUGGGUGUGCUGGCAGUGGUGGUAGAUGUGGUCUCUCUUUAGAUAGCAGCUUGGUUCACGAAGUGUUUGUCAAGACUCUGACUCCAGGAGCUCCUAUCACAGCAUUUGCCAUGAAUUGACUUGGACGUGCAUUGAUAGCUGUUACUUUAAAUGCAUACUUGCUUUUGGCUUCAAUAAGGAAUUAGAAAUAGCUUAAUUAGGACAGGUUUUGGCUUUGUGAAUCUCUGAGUUUGCUAUCAACAUACAGGCAGCUUACAAGAACCAAUUUUCCCAGAAAACAAAUUGCCUCACUUCAGAUGGCUGAGGCAGCAUUUAAACUAUUCUUGCUUGUCUGCGGUAGAUUGGCACUGCUCUCCACUGUCGUGAACAGCUUGUUUGGAUAACAUAGAACUAUUUAGGGCUUUAUAGGGCUUUUUGGGACGAUCCCAGCAGUUGUAUUGUCAGAGUUCAUAACAGUCUCUGGUUAUUAAAAAGGGAUUUUGGCUACACAGAAUGACUUGCUGUUCAUUGCUUAGCUGAUACCUAGUUUGAUAAUUGUUUGUAAACACUGAUAAUAUACUGGGAAUUGAGUGUGUUGGUCACUAGCUAGCUUGAUUAUUUAUGGCAUCUUCAAUGUUUUAAAAUAUGCUGAAAUGCACUUAAUGCUUUGUAAAAAGCAAAUGUAAAAAAUGGCCUUAUUUUUACACUUUUUUCCAGAUGUAAAGACAAGCGAUGACUUGUAAUAUUACAAAUAAAAAUGUUAAAUUAUUUAG